AUGUUGAAAGUAGUUUUGAUGGAUGAUGAUGUAAGUAUACCAUCGGCUAUUUCUGGAACACAAAUUCAAGGUGUCUUAUUUAACGAGCUUGUCACCAAAUUCAGUGAUUCACUAUUGCUUCACAAGACAUACAGAAUUUCUAGUGUAACUGUAAAAGACGUUAAUCCUAUAUAUAGGAGUGUGCACAAGGAGUAUGAAUUGAAGUUUCUUAAUAAUACCUUAAUUGAAGUUGAAGAGCUUGAAGUAGUAAGUUUGGAAACAAUAAACUUUAAUUUUGUGGACUUUAAGGAGCUGAACAAGUACACUGAUGCAAAAGAAAAUAUGGAUGCUUUGGGAAUUGUUAUUGAGGUAUCUCCUACAUUGAACAUAUGUAAGAAGAACAACAAAGGCACAACCAAAAAGCGGGAAGUCAUUAUAAUGGAUAUGAGUUCAAGGACAACUACUUUGACGUUAUGGGAGGAUCUUGCUGAGAAUGAAGGAAACUUUAUCAUGGAACUAAUACAAGAAAGACCUAUUAUCACAGUUACACAUGUGGCAAUCAAUACCUACAAAGGUCUGUCUCUUCAAACGCAAAAAGGAUCUACAUUGCAAAUCAAUAUGGAUAUUGAAAGUGUCAAAGCAUUAAGACAUUGGUCCAAGGAGAAUAUUAAUAACAAAGAUAUAAGAAGUUUGAUUUCCAGUACAAAAGAUCAAAAAUUCAAUGGUGCUGAAAAAGUUAAACUUCAAGACAUAAUUGGAAAAUCUGCAAUGUCCUUUGAGAAAACAAAUUACUGUUUCGAAGCAACAAUUCGAAAUGUCGUUAAUGACCGCGAACCAUUCAUGAUGAUAGUUAAAGUGCGAAGUAUGGAACAUAUUGCAACACUUGCAACCCUAACAGUGUUCAAUGAUUGCCAAACAUUAAUAAAUUGUUCACUGUAUGAUUUACUACAAUUACAAAUUGAGGACAUGGAUGAAUUCAGCAACAAAGUGACAAGCUGCAAAGGGAAAUCUUUUCUUUUUCUGGUGAAGAUAGACAAUACUCAACAGCAAGUCGUGAAAACUUAUUUUGCGGUGGAAGAAUUAAAAGAAUUGACACUUGACAAUGGUUCAUUUCAUGAAGAAAUGAGAUAUGCAAAAAAGAUAAAGAUUGAGAAAUAA